UAGAACUACGGAUGUUAUUAAGUGCCGGUCUACAAUAGGUGAUUUAAGCCCUAAGCCUUAUGACUUAAGCUCUAAACUGUGACGUAUUUCCGGCCUUAAACAUUUUUCGCGCUGCCUUAAGCCCUAAUCUCUAAGCCCUAAGCGAGUUGGCCAACUCCCAUCUUUUAAAGCUUAGAGCUUGAGGCUAGAAUCAAUGUAAUUUCUCUCAGCCAAUACGAGAAUAGGCGGAUAUUUCAAUUUACUUCGCCAACACGGGCAAAAAUUUAUUGACAUAUACUAGAUUUUCAGUAAAGAUUAGCAGUGAAAAUAUCGGAACAUAGCCACGAUGUCAGACGUCGAGGAACAGUGUGUUGAAAUUGACGAUGAACAGUUUGUUGAAAUUAACGAUGAACUUUUAAUUUCUAUUGUACAAGGAAAUCCAUGUUUAUACGCAAAAAAUGACAAGAAUUUUAAGAAUAACAAAUUAAAAGACAUGAAAUGGGAAGUAAUAGCUGAUACUUUGAAUUGUACAGCCAGUGAAGCAAGAAAACGCUGGGAUUCGUUGAGAAAUCAGUUCUGUAGAAAGCGCCGUCAACAGAAAAAUCAACCAUCAGGUUCUGGAACAUUAGCAGAAUGGCCCUUAAUGUCCAGCAUGUCAUUUCUUAUGUCUCACAUUCAAAAUAGAAAAACAAAAGGCUCAUCGCUACUGAAGUCAAACUUCUCCACAUGUAGUGAAACUUCCAGUAUCUGCUCAAUAAACUCACCUGUCUUAUCACCUACCGCAGCCUGUGCAAUACAAUCACAAAAUAUCACCUCAUGUUCUGAUUCUGAAUAUUCUACCUGGAAUGAUGAUCACUGUGAAUCACUGAAUAUUGAAAACAUAGAAAACAUUCCUGCAGAGUAUAAAUUACGUAAAGUUUCCACCAAAGAAACAGACAAUAUUAUAAGUAUACCAGGAAUCUCAAAAACACAGAAACAUGGAAAGCGAAAGUUGGUGCCACCCCUUGAUACAUUUGCACAAAAUAAGAAAGCCUGUAAUGAGCGCCUCGAAGAUGUUCUUAAAAAAUCAUUGCAAGCUGUUACUGAUUUAGCAGUAGCGUACAAAAGUGGAAGAAUCGAAGAGAAAGAAAAAGUUUCUGAUCCAAAUGCAAAUGUUAUUGCACAAGCUUUAAAGUCAGUGGUGCCCGAAAACCAAUUAUCUUGCUUGAUAGCUGUGUUACAAUUAAUUGAAUCAUUCAACCACUAAAAACCCAAUGUUUUUUUUAAUGACAAACUAACAUAGUGUUAUAACAGCAGUUUUUUUCUGGAAAAAGAGUACACUCUUCAUGUAAUUUAAAAAAAAUAAGAUGUUAUUUAGUAAAGUAAGAUAAUGUGAUAAUAGAAAUAUAUUAAUUUUUUUAUAUGAAAAACAUUGUCUUUAUAAUUUUAAAGUUAUUACGUUACUAUGUAUUAGUCACAAUAUUAAAAAUUUAUGUUAUUAGUAAUGUCAUGUUACAGCAGCAUGUUUCUAUUUAUGUGAAAUAUUGUUUAUAUAAAAAUGUUUAUAUAAAGUGGAUGUAUAUUAAUGUUUCCUAAAUAUAAAAUAAAAGUAAUAAAUUUGAAUA